AUGGCCAGUGUUCCGUCGUCAUCAUCAGGAUCCUUCUUGAACACUCCCUUUCACACUCUCUCGACGGAUCAAGUCUUGUCCUUGUUCGGUGUCGAGAGUGUUCGUACUGGUCUCACUCAGCAACAGUGUGAAACUAAUUUGAAACUCUAUGGUCGUAAUGAAUGUCCAGUGGAAGAAGGAACUCCAUUAUGGAAGCUAGUAUUGAAACAAUUUGAUGAUGUUCUUGUCAAAAUUCUUCUAGGAAGUGCUUUAAUUUCAUUUGUAUUUGCUUGUUUCGAAGAAGAAAUUACUUGGGGUACUUUUAUUGAACCACUUGUCAUUGUGAUUGUUUUGGCUGUGAAUGCUUAUAUUGGUGUGAAACAAGAAUCAAGUGCUGAGAAAGCCAUUGAAGCAUUGAAACAAUACGAAGCCAAUCGUGCCAUUGUCAUUCGAGAUGGAAAUGUGAAGGAAAUUGAUGCGGUUGAACUUGUUCCUGGUGAUCUCAUUAAAAUCAAUGUGGGAUAUACGGUUCCAGCCGAUGCUCGAAUCAUUAGUCUCGAUUCGACAACGAUUAAAGUCGAUCAGAGUGCUUUGACUGGAGAAUCUGUGAGUGUCAUGAAAGAUCCAGAACCUGUCAAACAAGAAAAGAUUGAACUACAAGGAAAAACAAAUAUGGUCUUCUCUGGAACUUUGGUGGUUUAUGGAAAAGCUUUGGCAAUUGUCACACAAACUGGAACCAAGACAGAAAUGGGUAAAAUUUCAACCAGUUUGUCGAAUAAGAAGAAGAAGAGUGAAGAACAAGAAGAACAAGCUGACCAUAGUGAAAAGACUCCGCUUCAAAAGAAUUUGGAUCAAUUUGGUCAUCAAUUGACUAUUGGUGUUGGUAUUAUUUGUGCCAUUGUGUUCUGUAUGAACAUUCCACAUUUUAGUGACCCAAUGUUUGGUGGUUCUUGGAUUCGUGGAGCUAUUUAUUAUUUGAAAUAUAGUAUUGCUUUGGCAGUUGCUGCAAUUCCAGAAGGUUUACCAACAGUCAUUGUAAUGACAUUUUCUAUUGGAGCUCAAAGAAUGGCCAAAAGAAAUGCAAUUGUUCGAUCACUUCCUGCAGUAGAAACAUUAGGAGCAUGCAGUGUGAUUUGUAGUGACAAAACUGGUACUUUGACCACAAACAAAAUGUCUGUCUGUCGAGUGGUCACCGUUGAAAACAUUGUCGGAGAAAAUGUUCAAUUGAAUGAAUACACUGUUGAGAAUUCACAAUUCAAUGCCAAUGGAAAAAUUCUCUUAAAUGAUUCUCCACUCUCUGAUCCAUUCAUAUCGAAGAGUUUGAUUGAAACUUCAAAAGUUUGCUCUCUCUGUAAUGAUUCUUCACUUAUUUAUAAUGCAGAGAAGAAGGAUGUUGAAGUUUCAGGUGAGCCAACUGAAGCUGCAUUACUCGUUCUUUCAGAGAAAAUCAAAGCUCCAAAGGAAUGUGGAAUUUCUGAAUCGAGUGAUUUAUCCAUUCGUUUCAAUCAAUAUUCCAAAUAUUGGAGAGAAAAAUAUAACAAAGAAUUUACUCUCGAAUUUACAAGAUCCAGAAAGAGUAUGUCUGUCUAUGUCAAGGAAGGAAUUUUAUUCUGUAAAGGAGCGUAUGAAAAUGUCAUUGCUCGAUGUGACAGAGUGUUCAUUAAUUCAUCUGGAAAAAUCAUUCCAUUAACAGAGAAUAUGAAAACUAAAUUAAUUAAUCAUAUUCGAGAGAAUUUAUCAGACAAGUUGGCACUCAGAUGUUUGGCAACUGCCUUUGUUGAAAAGAAUUUGUCCAAGAAGGACAUUUCUGAUCCAGAGACGUUUGACAAGAUUGAAUCGAAUAUGAUCUUAACAUCGGUGUGUGGUUUGAUUGAUCCUGCAAGACCAGAAGUGAAAGGAGCGAUUCAAACAUGUAGAGAAGCUGGUAUUAGAGUGAUUGUGAUUACAGGAGAUAAUAAGAAUACUGCUGAAGCGAUUUGUAAGGGUAUUGGACUAUUCAAUGACAUUGAUGAAUCCAUUUCCUUGACUGAACAAAAUCUCUCCUUCACAGGAAAAGAAUUUGAAGAAAUGCCUCUCGAACGUAAACGUCAAGUCAUUCAAACUGUAAGACUGUUCUCUCGUGUCGAACCUCAACACAAACUCGACGUUGUUCGUCUCAUUCAAGAACAAGGACUAGUCGUAGCCAUGACUGGAGAUGGUACCAAUGAUGCCGUUGCAUUGAAAUACAGUAAUAUUGGUAUUGCUAUGGGUUCUGGAACGCAAGUUGCACGUUCGAGUGGAAAGAUGAUUUUACAAGAUGAUAACUUUUGUUCAAUUGUAGCAGCGAUUGAAGAAGGAAGAGUGAUUUUUAACAAUACGAAACAAUUUAUUAGAUAUCUCAUUUCGUCAAAUAUUGGAGAAGUUAUUUCCAUUUUCUUUGCAUCAUUGAUUGGAAUUCCAGAACAUUUGAAUACCAUUCAAUUAUUAUUUUGUAAUUUAGUGACAGAUGGAUUACCUGCCAACAGUAUUGGUCUUAAUCCAGGUUCUCCUAAUAUUAUGAAAGAAAAACCAAGAAAUCCCAAUGAACCCCUUGUCAAUGCAUGGCAAUUUACAAGAUAUUUAAUUGUUGGAACUUAUAUUGGAGUGAGCACAGUAUUGGGAUAUAUUUAUUACUUUGUGUAUUUCCAUGAAGGACCUCAAAUUAGUUAUCAUGAUUUGGUGAAUUUUGGAAAAUGUGAUCCUGUGACUAGUUCUGUGAAUUGUGCAUUGUUUGAUCGAGAGAAUUUGGCAAGACCUUCCACCAUUUCUCUUUCUAUUUUAGUUUUUAUUGAAAUGUUGAAUGCUUUGUGUGCCAUUUCCGAGUAUGAUAGUAUCUUUGUGAAUUCUCCAACAAGAAAUAUUUAUUUGAUCAUGUCUGUGGUGUUGAGUAUGGCCAUUCAUUGUUUGAUUUUAUACGUUCCUGGAUUGAAUGUUCUAUUUAAUGUCUAUCCUAUUAGUUGGCAUGAAUGGCAAAUUGUCAUUGCUGCCUCGUUACCUGUCUUGUUGAUUGAUGAAGCAUUGAAAUUUAUUGGAAGGAAUUUUAUUGUACCAAAGAACUCUACAACAGUCAAAUCGACCAAGAAAAAUGAAUAA